CUUAUCUGAAAUCAGGCAGGUUUAAGCAGCCUAACAGAACGGCCAGAGGAGAGAGAAGAAAAAAAAAUGAAGGAAGAGAAAAAUGCUUAUGAAGAGGAAGUGUCACUUCCUGCCUUGUGACCACACACUUGGGUUGACAAAGUUCUGCAAAUCAGAAAGGCGUUUCUGGUCACCGGCCAGUACCGCUGACGACGGUUUUAAUACAAGACCUGUUGCCUUAAAGCAAUAAAAAAUGGCCCGGGGAUCAGUGUCCGAUGAAGAAAUGAUGGAGCUCAGGGAAGCUUUUGCCAAAAUUGAUACUGAAGGGAACGGGUACAUCGGCUGCAAUGAGCUGAACGACUUGUUCAAGGCUGCUUGCUUACCUCUGCCUGGGUACAGAGUGAGAGAAAUCACAGAAAACCUGAUGACUACAGGGGACCUGGGCCAGCACGGGAAGAUCACCUUUGAUGAGUUUAUGAAGGUUUUCCAUGGCCUCAAAAGCACAGAGGUUGCCAAGACCUUUAGAAAAGCAAUCAAUAAGAAGGAAGGGAUUUGUGCAAUCGGUGGUACCUCAGAGCAGUCCACCGCGGGCACCCAACACUCCUAUUCGGAGGAAGAGAAGUACGCCUUCGUUAACUGGAUAAACAAAGCCCUGGAAAACGACCCCGACUGCCGGCACGUCAUCCCCAUGGACCCGAACACGAACGACCUCUUCAGCGCUGUCGGCGAUGGCAUCGUCCUUUGUAAAAUGAUCAACCUCUCAGUGCCUGACACAAUUGACGAAAGAACAAUCAACAAAAAGAAACUCACCCCCUUCACCAUCCAGGAGAACUUGAACUUGGCUCUGAACUCAGCCUCCGCCAUCGGGUGCCACGUGGUCAACAUCGGGGCUGAGGACCUAAAGGAGGGGAAGCCUUACCUGGUUCUGGGACUUUUGUGGCAAGUCAUCAAGAUUGGGUUGUUUGCCGACAUCGAACUCAGCAGAAAUGAAGCCCUGAUUGCCCUUCUGCGAGAGGGGGAGAGCCUGGAGGACCUGAUGAAGCUCUCCCCCGAGGAGCUCCUGCUGAGAUGGGCCAACUACCACCUGGAAAACGCGGGCUGCGGCAAGAUCACCAACUUCAGUACGGACAUCAAGGACUCCAAAGCUUACUACCACCUGCUGGAACAGGUGGCUCCCAAAGGGGACGAGGAAGGGAUCCCCGCGGUUGUGAUUGACAUGUCGGGACUCAGGGAGAAGGAUGACCUCCAGAGAGCAGAGUGCAUGCUGCAGCAGGCGGAGAGGCUGGGCUGCCGGCAGUUCGUCACAGCCACAGACGUCGUCCGAGGGAACCCCAAGUUGAACUUGGCUUUCAUUGCCAACCUCUUUAACAGAUACCCUGCCCUGCACAAACCAGAGAACCAGGACAUCGACUGGGGAGCCCUGGAAGGUGAGACGAGAGAAGAGAGGACAUUUAGGAACUGGAUGAACUCCCUGGGCGUUAACCCUCGCGUCAAUCACUUGUACAGUGACUUAUCGGACGCCCUGGUCAUCUUCCAGCUGUAUGAAAAGAUUAAAGUCCCUGUGGACUGGAGCAGGGUGAACAAACCACCGUACCCCAAACUGGGGGGCAACAUGAAGAAGCUUGAGAACUGUAACUACGCCGUGGAGCUGGGGAAGAAUCAAGCUAAGUUCUCCCUGGUUGGCAUCGCUGGGCAGGAUCUCAACGAAGGCAACCGCACGCUGACCUUGGCCUUGAUUUGGCAGUUAAUGAGAAGGUACACACUGAAUAUUCUGGAAGAAAUUGGAGGUGGGCAGAAGGUCAAUGAUGACAUCAUCGUCAGCUGGGUCAAUGACACACUGAAGGAGGCAGGGAAGUGUUCGUCCAUCUCCAGCUUCAAGGACCCGAAGAUCAGCACGAGCUUGCCUGUUCUGGAUCUCAUCGAUGCCAUUCAGCCAGGCUCCAUUAACUAUGACCUUCUGAAGACAGACAACCUGAACGAUGACGAGAGACUCAACAAUGCAAAGUACGCCAUCUCCAUGGCCCGGAAGAUCGGAGCGAGAGUGUACGCCCUGCCGGAAGACCUGGUGGAAGUGAACCCCAAAAUGGUCAUGACGGUGUUUGCCUGCCUCAUGGGGAAAGGAAUGCGGAGGGUGUAAGGCCCAGCGGGGCGGGGCUGGAGGCGCGAUGCUGGCCGCUUCACGCCCCGAGCUCGCCGGGAGGAAGGAGACGAUCAAAGCCAUUCCAAAGCUUUUGCCGCGGUGACAUUACCCAAGAUUCCAGAGUGGAUAUUGUCUGUUCGCCCAGGUAGCCUCUCCUGUAUUUAACAAGUGCUUCCUUCUUUGCAACAGACCCCAUCUCUUACAAAUAUUUUUUUACCACUGAACCUAUUGCUUUUUCGAAAAUCUGGAGGGGGAAAAAAAAAAUACCCUGCUUCUCGCCAUUAGUCAAGUAUAGAAGCUGCAUUGUUAUUCAUUUUAACGGGCUCUUCCAAACCAGCCCACCGUGGCUGCAUUUUUGUUUUAAGGUGAGCUUCAGCCUGGUCCUAAAGCUUGGUUCUAGAGGCCACCACUGGAUCUGUGACAAGCCUCUCCUUCUGUCCCCUUCUUCUACACUCUGUGUCCCUGGGACCUUGCUCUCCACGCCCCGAGCCCCGAGCCCUGCCCUCUCUCGGACCCGCCUCUGUAGGCCACCCUGUCUCCAGGCCAUUUGGAGCGUCUGACAAAUCCGUCAGACUCUCGGAGUCCCAGGAGUCUCUGGUAACCUGCAGAGGAGGAAGACUCAUCAUCAGAGCUUGUCCUCAGAACUAGGGUCCCAUUUGUUAUCCGUUUUUGGUUUUUUCAGCCAACAGGAAGCCUCUGUUUUUAACGCUAGGAUCAGGGCUCAGACCAGACCUAACACCUUCAAUACUGUGCCUUCAGAUAGACUCUUGGUUAGAUCCGAGGAGGAUGCAAUUGGGGAGCAAACCACCAGGGGGCAGCGUGGAGCCAUAGCAAAGCCUCUGUCCUUUGGUGCUGCCUCUCCAGGUACUGAGCCCCGCCUGUUAGACCUCCUUCUUGGGGCUCAGGGUCUUGUGAGCAGGAACAACCCUGCACUGCUUUCCUGUGCUCUUAGUCUUAGCGUGUCUGAUUGCUGCCAGGCCAUGUUACCAAUGUUUACUUUUUUGAUACUGUAGAAGCUUUUUGCCACCCCCGAGCUCCCAGGGGACAACAUAUGCCAAUCACCGGAGUCCCAGCCCACCCCCCAGGCCCCCUCACGCUUACCUAGCCGUACUCAGCAGAUGUCAAGCUGGGUAAGAACUGGCUGAGUUGCUUUACGAAGAGCUAGUUUACUGGAUAUUUAAAGAAUUCCAAAACAAAACCCGAGAAGCAGCAAACCGAAUACACUGAACAAUUUCCGUGAAAACCUACUGAACCCUAAAAAGUAGCAGCACAUUGUGAACCAACACUAGACACUCCAUAGCACUGGAAGGGCUCAUCAGUGAGGUGUCUUCUUGUGGGGGGGGGGGGAGCCGGGGAGGGCGUCAUGGAACCUGGCCACCUUUCAAAGCAAUUGAAAGGCAGAACCCUGGACCUGCUCCUUGUCAGUGGGCUCCGGAAGCCAGUGUGUGGCUUGGGUAGCAUCGGAAUGCAAAGUCAUUAGCUUUGUCUCAUGCGACACUCACGUGGCCUCAGAAGAUUCUCUUCCAUCUGCCUCCAAAAAGAAUGUUACUGCCUUAAUGUUCGAAAUCUGCCCAAAUAAAAUGUUC